CUGCCAUUUUCGAUUUGUGUAAGCUUUAAGCCUUCUCUCUUUCUCUCUCCCUCGCUCCACUGCACAUUAGGCUCACUUUCUCUCUAGAGCUCAGUGUAAUUUGAUUGAGAUGUCUAUGAGACUUCAUGCAAAGACAGAUCCUUUGGGAGGGCUAUAAUCUAAUGCCUUGACCUUUCUUUUCUCUGCUCUCCACUUCUUCUCCGCCUGCUUAGAGAAAGGGAGAGAGAAGCCUUUCUUCUUUGGGGGAGCGAAUUGUUUUCGUGAAUUUAGGCCCUUUCCAGCUAUCAAUUUGUCUUGAUGUAAAUAUCACCAAAAAGGGGUGUUUAAAUUUGUCGUGUGUUUUUGCUCAUCACUUUUGGGGGUGUGAAGUUUUCGUGAACCCAGGCUCGAAUUCCCGUAGUUUCAGGUGCCUUUCUCUCAACGUGUCAUUUGCCACGCAACCAGACCGGCCUUUUGGGUGCGAAACGUGAGGUGGUUUCGUUGUUUUUCAAGAAAAUUUGGCGGUUUUGGUGAGGUAAAAAUUCAAGCUUUUUGGUGAAACAAGAAAAUGGUGGGUUUCUUUUCUCUAACACGAGUUGUUUACAGCUACUUUAUUAAUGGUUAAGUGAUUUUUCAUGUGUAAUUUGGCCUAUAUAGGGAGAUGGAUAAUUGCUAGAACAGCUUUAGUUGCGCAGUUUUGGCUGUACCUUCAUUUGUAAGGGAAGCGUGAACUGUGUUUGUGAGCCUUCUGAAAAAAGGGAAAAGAGAAAGGAUAAAAGACCCAAAAGGGCAGUCAAGAAUCUUCUGUUUCAAUCAAGAUCGAUAAUUUCAUUGCUGAGAUCACUAGAAAGGAAUAAAGAAAAUUACCCAGAAAAAAAAAAAAAAAAAGAAGCUUGGGUUCAGAGAAUCUUAGUUCUGUGAGUGAAUAUAUACAAAAGCUGCUUACACAGUUGUAGGGAAUAUCUCUGUGGGCUUGUUUUCAAAAGAGGGGUGUUUGAAAAUCUGUGAGGUUUUUCUGUUGUGUGGUGUGAGGGAGAGGGGAAAUAAUGGCUAUGGUAGUACACCAGCAUAGGGAGAGUAGCAGUGGGAGCAUUCACAAGCACCUUGAUGCCGGAAAGUAUGUCCGCUACACGGCGGAGCAGGUGGAGGCUCUGGAGAGAGUCUAUGCUGAGUGUCCUAAGCCGAGUUCCUUGCGCCGGCAACAGCUGAUCCGGGAAUGCCCCAUUUUGUCCAACAUUGAGCCCAAACAGAUCAAGGUUUGGUUUCAGAACAGGAGAUGUCGGGAGAAGCAACGGAAAGAGUCUUCUCGCCUUCAAACUGUGAACAGAAAGUUGUCUGCAAUGAACAAACUGUUAAUGGAGGAAAAUGACCGCCUGCAGAAACAGGUGUCCCAGCUAGUGUCUGAGAAUGGCCUUAUGCGGCAGCAUUUGAGAACCGCGCCAACAACUACUGAUGCAAGUUGUGAAUCGGCGGUAACCACCACUCAUCAUUCUCUAAGGGAUGCUAGUAAUCCUGCUGGACUUCUUUCAAUUGCAGAAGAAACCUUGGCAGAGUUCCUUUCAAAGGCUACGGGAACUGCUAUUGAUUGGAUCCAAAUGCCUGGGAUGAAGCCUGGUCCGGAUUCGGUUGGGAUCUUUGCCAUUUCACAUAGUUGCAGUAGAGUGGCUGCACGAGCAUGUGGUCUUGUUAGCUUAGAGCCUACCAAGAUUAUUGAGAUCCUCAAAGAUCGUCCAUCUUGGUUCCGUGAUUGUCGGAGCCUUGAAGUUUUUACAAUGUUUCCUGCUGGAAAUGGAGGUACAAUUGAGCUUCUAUACACACAGAUUUAUGCUCCUACGACAUUGGCUCCAGCACGGGAUUUUUGGACACUGAGAUAUACAACCACCUUGGAGAAUGGUAGCCUCGUGGUUUGUGAAAGGUCUCUUUCGGGUACUGGGGCGGGCCCUAAUGCAUCUGCUGCUUCUCAGUUUGUGAGAGCUGAAAUGCUUCCAUCUGGAUAUCUCAUCCGACCUUGUGAGGGUGGAGGAUCGAUAAUACAUAUCGUUGACCACCUUAACCUUGAGGCAUGGAGUGUGCCGGAGGUUUUACGCCCGCUUUACGAGUCAUCCAAAGUUAUUGCACAGAAAAUGACCAUCGCAGCACUGCGAUACAUCAGACAAAUAGCUCAGGAAACUAGCGGUGAGGUGGUUUAUAGUCUGGGCAGGCAACCAGCUGUACUCCGAACAUUUAGCCAGAGAUUAAACAGAGGCUUCAAUGAUGCUAUCAAUGGGUUCAAUGACGAUGGCUGGUCAGUAUUGAGCGGUGACGGUGCUGAAGAUGUUACAGUUGCCAUUAAUUCAACCAAGAGCUUGGGCACCACUUCGAAUACACUUCCGAUGCUCGGGGGCAUUCUGUGUGCAAAGGCGUCUAUGCUACUCCAGAAUGUCCCUCCUGCUGUGCUGGUUCGUUUCCUAAGGGAGCAUCGUUCCGAGUGGGCAGACUUUAACGUUGAUGCCUAUUCUGCUACUGCUUUGAAAACUAACUCAUGUGCAUAUCCCGGGAUGAGGCCGACAAGAUUCACCGGAAGCCAGAUUAUUAUGCCGCUUGGUCACACAAUUGAACAUGAAGAGAUGCUUGAAGUCAUCAGACUUGAAGGACACUCUCUUGGCCAUGAAAAUGCUUUUAUUUCAGGAGACAUUCAUCUGCUGCAGAUGUGUCGGGGAAUUGAUGAGAGUGCAGUGGGGGCUUGCGCUGAACUUGUUUUUGCUCCAAUAGAUGAAAUGUUUCCCGAUGAUGCACCACUGCUGCCGUCUGGUUUUCGCAUCAUCCCAUUAGACUCGAUAUCAAAUGAUGCACAGGAUACAUUGAAUGCUCAAAGAACGUUGGAUUUAACAUCAAGUCUUGAAGUGGGUCCAGCAACAAAUACUGCCCAGAAUGCCUCCUCUUCGUCAUGUGCUGCACGAUCACUGUUGACAAUCGCUUUCCAAUUCCCGUACGAGGACAAUCUGCAGGAAAAUGUAGCUACAAUGGCUCGCCAAUAUGUGCGCAGUGUGAUUUCGUCUGUUCAAAGAGUUGCAAUGGCAAUAUCUCCGACAGGAUUGGGUCCCACUCUUGGACCAAAGGUGUCGCCUGGCUCCCCAGAAGCUCUAACGCUGGCUCAGUGGAUCAACCAGAGCUAUAGUUAUCACAUGGGAGCACAAUUGCUAGGAACUGAUUCUGUGGGCGCUGAAUCGGUGUUGAAAAAUCUGUGGCAUCACCAUGAUGCCAUCUUGUGCUGCUCGAUAAAGUCGCUGCCUGUUUUCAUCUUUGCAAACAAGGCUGGGCUGGACAUGCUGGAAACAACUUUAGUCGCCCUACAGGAUAUCACAUUGGAUAAAAUCUUUGACGAAUCAGGGCGCAAGGCACUAUUUGCUGAACUCGCAAAGAUCAUGCAACAGGGUUUUGCUUACUUGGCUGGCGGAAUCUGCAUGUCAGCCAUGGGACGCCACAUUUCAUACGAACAAGCCAUAGCGUGGAAAGUCGUUGCAGACGACGAAAGCACUGUCCACUGCCUGGCUUUCUCUUUUAUAAACUGGUCGUUCGUUUAAAUUCUGUGUGUCGUUGUCAAUGGAAUUGGAAGGCGGAUAAGCGGUGAAGAUGUUGAUGAAGCAAGGAGGGAAAAUUAAAGUUUUGUUGCAUUCCAAUUAAACUGAGUGGGGGGGUUUAAUUUGUUAGAUUGGGUGUGUGGUGCUGAGUUUUUGUAAAGUCUGCUAGCAUAGAUCUCUUUAUUUAUUCAAAUCACAUUCUUUAAUCUUGUAACUGCUGCUACUUCAAUUCUGCUUCUUAUUACAACUAGUCGAUCUUCGCAAAAUCAAAAUGUGCAUCACUUUAGGUUUAUACCA